CAUUGGAAGUUUUCUACUUAACAUUUUAAUGUGAUUUAAAGCGUUGCAAUCAGAUUUUGGCAGCUUUAAAUGACAUAUUUAAAUUUAUCGUGAAGUGAAAUUAAAGCCGCUGCUCGGCUGGAUGCAGGGAUUUUCUGGAUGAGUUGUAUAGAACGAGGCAGCUCAUGUAAACAUCAGCCAUGGAUGGAACGUUCUUCUCUUUUCAUUAGAUGAAAAAGCGCCCUUUUCUCUCCAGCUGUGCUGCAUUUCAUUCCAUUUGUUUGACUUUUUAUUUAUUUAUUUUUGCUAGAGCAAGCUAAGGGCGAAGCUAGCUGUCACCUAGCCAGAAGCCUCAUCACCGUUAACGUCCAUAUAUUUCAACAUGGCAGAAGGUAUCAUGAGCAAAGCUGCGACCAUGGAGAUCCCCAUUAACAGCAAUGGAGACACUGGGACGCAGCCAGAAGAUGACAGUCUGGAGCAGGAUUUGCAGCAAGUGAUGGUAUCGGGGCCCAACCUCAACGAAACCAGCAUUGUCUCAGGAGGCUACGGCGGUCCAGCAGGGGGCAUCAUUCCUACCAGCACCAUCAAAGGGCCAGCCAUUCGUUUCAACCCAGACUAUUUGGACAGAAGACGUGCCCCUGCACCAGACAUCCGCAUGAAAUCCAGAGCCGCUAACCUGCCUACCAGCCACUCUGCCGCCAGUCGACUAGCGCAGCACGGCGGCCAGUCGCUUUCAGGCUCCUCCAACCAUAACACCUGCAACGCUAUAGAAGAAGUAUCCCGCGGGGUGGCGGUGGAGAAGCUGGACAGUGUGAAGAAAUGGGGCAUCAACACAUAUAAGUGCACCAAGCAGAUGUUCUCGGAGCGCUUCGGCCGAGGCUCACGGACGGUGGACCUGGAACUGGAGGCCCAGAUCGACCUGCUGAGAGACACCAAAAGCAAGUACGAGAACAUCCUCCGGCUAGCCACCGCGCUCACCAGCCACUUCCAGAGCAUGGUGCAGACUCAGCAGGCUCUCGGGGACACCUUCACCGACCUCAGCCAGAAGUCACCGGAGCUCCAGGAUGAGUUUGGGUAUAACGCGGAAACCCAAAAGCUAUUGUGCAAGAACGGAGAGUCCUUGCUGGGCGCCAUCAACUUCUUUGUGUCCAGCAUCGACACUCUGGUCAACAAGACCAUGGAGGACACACUUAUGACCAUCAAGCACUAUGAGAAUGCAAGGUUGGAGUUCGACGCCUACCGGUCAGACUUGGAGGAGCUGAGUUUAGGCCCGAGGGACGGCGCCGCCAUGGUCCGCAUCGAAAUGGCCCAACACGACUAUCAAGUGCACAGGGACAAAUACGAGCGGCUGCGCAGUGACGUCACGAUCAAGCUCAAGUUUUUAGAGGAGAACAAGGUGAAAGUGAUGCACAAGCAGCUGCUCCUCUUCCACAACGCCAUUUCGGCUUACUUCGCCGGCAACCAGCAGCAGCUGGAACAAACUCUGGUGCAGUUCAACGUCAAGCUAAAGCCGCCCGGCGCCGACAAGCCGUCCUGGCUGGAGGAACAGUGACAGGAAGUAGAGGUGUCAAUCAAUAGAGAACCCUAACAUGGAAAUAUAGCGUUAUCGGUUCGGUUUUGUUUAUAACUUUAUUUUUAGUUAACCCACACAGAUACUCCAUUCAUUUCCAUGUAUAUAAAAAUAUGUAAAGUACAGACCUUUAUAGAGGGCACAUUUUUUGUUCGUUACAAAAGUUUGUGAACAGUAUCAUGUUUUCUUAUACACAUUAGUGCCCGAGAAAUGCAUUGCGAAUGCCUUUGAAUAGCAAACAUGGACAACGCCAACUCACGAACGAAUGAGUUGUACCGCAGAAUGACUCAAGGUCACUAGCGUCUUAACGUCACGCCCAGAAGAGAUUCACAGGCAGAAAUGUAUACAUGCAAUAACUCGGCGUUAAUUUGUGGUAUUUUUUAUUUGAGAUAUGUAUCGUCAAAAACAUCCCCGAUAUGCGAUAGCCCCCCUCGGUGGCUGUUUUAUAUGGUGAUAGAAAAUGUAUAUACUGAUAUGUAUAGUGUCAAUCUCUCUAGUGUACAAUCCUUAACUUCAAUUCUCGAUUUUGAGGACCCGCCGAGCUAAAUCGGCAUCGUCACAACUGGACUUUUUGACAAUGAAUCGAUGAGCAAUUCAGCCGAUGAAAUGAACUGUAUUCCGUUUUCAGGACUGAAUGUGUUCAAGAAGAACUGUAUGUUUUCGGUAUUUAUCGAAGUGAUAGAGCGUCAUAUUUUCACGUCUUUGCUGUCGUUGUGGUGCACCCGCAAAUAAAAGUCUGAUGGAUGUUUUGGA